AUGGAGACAUCACUCUCCGCUUCCUCCUCUACAGCUGAACAACCAUCUAGCACUCCGGUUGAAAUCUCUCCGAUUUCCCCUUCCCUCAAGUUUGUGGUCUCCAAUCUCAAGACCCUCAUCUCAAAUCAAAUCUCAUCGGAUAACUAUCCGAUUUGGAGCCAUCAGAUCAUCAAACUUCUUCGAGCCAAUGACUUCGAUCAAUUUCUUUCCCCGCUUAUUCAUUCAGUGGACUCAUCUGAUCCUUCCGCCGCCUUGACGCACAAGAACUGGCGCAUCACUGAUCAGAACCUUCAGGCGGCCCUAUGUUCGACGAUAUCCCCACCGGUGCUUCCCUAUAUACUUCACCUCGACACCACAUACGAGAUCUGGCAGGUUCUUGAAAGCCAGUUUCAGGCAACCAGCCGCUCCAAGGUAAUUCAGCUCAAAAAUGAGCUCCACCAUGUUUCUAUGAAGAAUCUUUCAAUGAUUCAAUAUCUGACCGAGAUCAAGAAGCUUGUCGACCAAAUCGCCUAUGUCGGUUCCACCGUGGACUCAGAAGAUAUAAUUAUUUAUAUCUUGAAUGGACUACCUCCGUCAUAUCAAUCAUUCAAAACAUAUAUACGUAACCCACCCACUCAGAUCCGGUUAGAGAAUCUAUAUGCAAUGCUUAUCAGCGAAGAAAUUCACAUCACCGCCGAUGCCACUCACAGUUCCGCCGACAUCGUUCAACAGGCCGCCGUGUACACAAACAUGGGACGCGGUCGACGCACCAGGGGUCGAGCUACACAGCCUCAAUACUCCAACAGCCGAUCAGGCAACCAACAACAACCAGCUCACAUUUGCCAGAUCUGUGCCAAGAAAGGGAAUACGACUGACGUCUAUUGGCAUCGCAUGAAUGCCUACUAA